GAAUAUCUCGCAUUUGGUUCGCUGCAAUUAAAGAGAAAAAAAUGUCUACGUAGCACUGACUCUUUCCGUAUCCGUGCCACGAAUGCAUCGGAUUUGAUUCGAGUCGGAGUUUGAGGGAAUUAGGAAGUGAGCGAGCCCUAGCAACCCUCUUCUUUUCCUCCUCGUCUCUCUCUCUCUCUAUCGCUCUCGGAUUGGCGAUCUUCGCAUGUUGUUUGAAAUUGAAGCUCUUCUCGCUUUUUGUUGGAGGCGGUUUGGAUCUGAGGAAGAGAUCUCUCGAGUCAAGUCCGAGUAGUUGGGAUCUUGAUCAGCUCUUCGCCACUGGGAUUUUGAUUACUUGUGGAGAGCAAUGACGAGCGACCUACCGAUGAGUCCGGAGCUUGAGGAGAUCGAUGGCAAAAUCCAAGACAUAUUCCGAGCACUCCAGAAUGGAUUCCAGAAAUUGGAUAAGAUUAAAGAUCCUAACAGACAGUCUAAACAGUUGGAGGAGCUUACUGGGAAGAUGAAGGAAUGCAAGCGGUUAAUUAAAGAAUUUGAUCAAGAACUUAAGGAUCAAGAGAAUCGGAAUCCUCCAGAAGUUAAUAAAAAACUCAAUGAGAAGAAGCAGACCAUGAUCAAGGAACUCAAUUCAUAUGUGGCCUUGAGGAAAACGUACCAAAGUAGCCUUGGUAAUAAAAGAGUUGAACUUUUUGAUAUGGGCACUGGAACCAGUGAUCCUGUGGCUGAUGAGAAUGUUAAGAUGGCAUCAGAUAUGUCUAAUCAAGAACUCAUAUAUGCUGGAAGGAAACAGAUGGAUGAGACUGAUCAAGUUAUUGAACGUUCAAAGAUGGUCGUUGAGCAAACUAUUGAAGUAGGUACCCAAACUGCUGCGAAUAUUAAAGGCCAAACAGAACAAAUGGGUCGAAUUGUUAAUGAGCUGGACACUAUCCAAUUCUCAAUCAAGAAGGCUUCUCAGUUGGUGAAAGAGAUUGGUAGGCAGGUUGCUACUGAUAAGUGCAUCAUGUUCUUCCUAUUUCUUAUAGUUUGUGGUGUAAUUGCAGUAAUCAUUGUAAAGGUUGUGCAUCCGAACAACAAGAGUAUUCCAGAUAUACCUGGAUUAGCACCUCCAGCUCCAACCGGAAGGAAAUUACUAUCGGCCUAAUUUUCUGUGGGUAUCUUCUGUGGUGGAAACUCAAAGUGUCAUAAUGCUUUGUAGUAAUUCUUUUUCUCCUGUAUAUGAUGCCUGCGUUAUGUUUUUUGGAUCAUAAAUAUGCUUCCUAGAUUGGUGAUAUAUAGAGAGGUAAUCUGCCAUUUGCCACCUGUAUCAGAUUUUCUGACACCUUUGCUCUCUUGUAAUGCUGUCGUAUUGUGAUUGCUUAGCCUUAGAGUACAAUGUUGGAUUAUUCCUGCAGUGGAUGUGAAUACUUUCUUCUCAAAUUAUUUGGAUGCAAUAUUUUCAACCAUUUGUACAU